AUGAGUAAAAGUGCUAAUGAGGCAUAUGAGCUAUUAGAGGAGAUGGCGAUGAAUAAUUACCAAUGGCCAACUAAAAGGGGACAACCAAAGAAGAUGGCUGGAAUGAUGGAAUUGGAUGCUAUAUCCAUGCUUACUGCUCAAGUUGCAGCCUUGACAAAGCAAUUACAAAAGACUACACUCCCAUCUCAAGCUAUACAAGUUCAAAACCUUUGUGAAGUGUGUGGGCUAAAGAAGAAUCAGUCAGAAGAAGAAAAAAAGAAGUUGAAUGAUGAAAAGGUCACUGAAGACCUUAAGAAAGAAGAGGAGACCCCACCUGUGAAUAUUGAGCAUCAUGUUAGAAUUCCAUAUCCACAAAGACUUCGUAAGCAUAAUUUGGAUAAACAGUUUGCAAAGUUUUUAGAGGUGUUCAAGAAGCUACAUAUAAAUAUACCGUUCACAGAAGCAUUAGAACAGAUGCCCAGCUAUGUAAAGUUUAUGAAGGAGAUUAUCUCUAAUAAGAGAAAGAUGGGUGAUUAUGAAAUAGUGGCGUUAACAGAAGAAUGUAGUGCGAUUUUGCAAAGAAAGCUUCCUCAAAAGUUACGAGAUCCGGGGAGUUUUACUAUUCCAUGCACGAUUUGGGAGUUUGAAUGUAAGCAUGCACUUUGUGAUUUGGGGGCGAUUAUUAAUUUAAUGCCAUUGUCAGUAUUCCGUAGGCUUGGUUUGGGGGAAGCGAGGCCAACCACAGUAACAUUGCAGCUGGCUGAUAGAUCUGUGAAGCAUCCACAUGCAACUGGGCAAGCAUUGAUAGAUGUGCAAAAAGGAGAGUUAAAGCUGAGAGUUCAAGGGGAAGAAAUAGUAUUUAAUGUGUUUAAGGCUAUGACUUAUCCUAAAGCAAGUGAUAGUUGUUUCUCAGUUGAUGUGGUCGAAGAAGUAGUAGGAAGAAAAAACUUAAGUGAGGAUCCUCUUAAAUUAAGUCUUACAGUUGAUGAUGUAGAUGGAGAGGAAAAUGAAGAAGAGAUGAGUUAUUUGAAGUGGAUAAAAUCAGCUGAGCCGUGGAACCAUAAGAAGUUUGAAGAAUUGGGUGAAGGACCAGAAAGACCAUUACCAUCGAUUCUGAAACCACCUGUUUUAGAAUUGAAAGUUUUACAGGACCAUCUCCGUUAUGCUUAUCUUGGGGAAAAAGAGACUCUUCCAGUUAUAGUUUCAUCAUUUCUUUUAGAAGUAGAGGAGGAGAAGUUGUUGAGGGUGUUAAGAGCUCAUAAAACUGCUAUAGGGCAGACUCUGGCUAAUAUAAGAGGAAUUAGCCCAAUGCAUAGAAUUCUUAUGGAAGAUGAGGCGAGACCGACUAUUGAUGCUCAACGAAGACUUAAUCCAACAAUGAAAGAAGUGGUGAGGAAAGAGAUUUUGAAAUGGUUAAAUGCUGGAGUGAUUUACCCUAUCUCUGAUAGUGCUUGGCUGGUGUUGAGGAGGGGUGAAGAGUUGCAUUUGGUGCUUAAUUGGGAAAAGUGCCACUUUAUGGUAAAUGAAGGAAUUGUAUUGGGGCACAAGAUUUCUAAGAAAGGCAUUGAAGUGGAUAGGGCAAAAAUUUCAACGAUAGAGAAUUUGCCACCACCAAUUUCAGUAAAAGGAGUACGGAGUUUCUUAGGUCAUGCAGGAUUUUAUAGGAGGUUUAUCAAAGAUUUUUCCAAAGUUUCGAAGCCACUGUCCACUUUGUUAAUGAAUGGGGUUACGUUUGAUUUUGAUGAGAAGUGUCAACAAGCUUUUAAGAUACUUAAGGAGAAAUUGAUCUCGGCACCUAUAAUUGUUGCGCCUCAAUGGGAUUUGCCAUUUGAACUGAUGUGUGACGCCAGUGAUUUUGCGAUUGGGGCAGUGUUGGGACAAAGAGUUGACAAGGUGGUUGUUUACACAGAUCAUUCGGCGAUAAAGUAUCUUAUGACUAAGAAAGAUUCCAAGCCUCAUCUUAUUCGGUGGAUUUUGUUAUUACAAGAAUUUGAUGUGGAAAUUAAGGAUAAGAAAGGCACUGAGAAUUUGGUGGCUGAUCAUUGUCUCGAUUGGAGGUUGAUGAAGAUUCUCUUGAUAAAGAAGUUCAGAUUAAUGAUGCUUUUCUUGAUGAGCAGCUGUUCGAAGUAA